CACAGGUGAGUGGGGGUUACCUGUGGGAAGCUUUGCACAUGGCAGUUUCUAAUCUGAGCACCUGCAGGCUGGGAGUUGCUCAGGGCUCGGCCCAAUUUCCUUAGAACUUUAGUUCUGUUCCAGAAUCUUCAACCAGAGACACAACAGAUUAAGAUUUAAUAAUUUUACCUACAAUAAGAGACAAAAAUGACCGAUUCGGGGUCGGCGACCAAGCGCCACAACCCGGUUGACAGCAUCUGCCGCAAGAUCAAGACCAUUCAGGCGAGAGAUCAGGACUCUAACCCCAACCUGCAAAUCCCCAAAUUUCAGUCCCGCAACUUCGACAGCCCCCAGUCCAACACCAAGAAGAACCUGGAGGAGGUGCUGAAGAACCGGACUGUCAAGAACCCUGAUAAGGAACUGGGGGGCUUCUCUAGUCCAGGGGGACACGUCUUCUCUCCAGGACACAAUUUGGCCUCUCCUUGUUUACGAGCCGUGGCACAAAAUGAUUCCCCAUUGGGCAAUGCCACCUAUUCCAUCAACCUGACUGUGAAGGACAACAACAAAAAGAUCUGGUCAGCAAAAUCUCAGAGCUGCUCCACCCCAGUUGUCUAUGCUGGGGACCUCCAGUUUAAAUUCUCCCAAUCUGCCAUUCCCAGUGCUCAGUAUAAGAACAUUUUGCUGGAAGAGCCGUCGAUCCCCUGCACCCCCAGUUUCUAUUUCACAGAUCGGAAAUCAGAAACCAUUGCCCUCCAGUCACCGGUGGUCAAGAGGCUGUCGUUGAGUGAGACUGGAGGCGUGCGGCGCCCUCUAGAGCACAAGCUGGAGAACGCAUCUGAGGUGAGCCUAAUCUGUGAGGAGGACUUGUUGGACAGUAUCUUCCAUGCCUGCGACUCAGAUCACCGAGGUAAAGUUGCUGUGUCCAAGAUUGUGGAUUAUCUGCGGCACACAACAAGCCGUGGCUCUGAGGACAGUGGCCUUGAUGACCUGUGUAACAUGCUGGACCCCGAUAAGCAGGACAUUUCCAUGGAUCUAGAGACCUAUCACGCCAUCAUGAAGGAGUGGAUCGAUGACUGCAGGAACAACGGUGCUGACACUAAUAAGAUGAAGGAAUCGGCCCUGGGGAAUGAGGAGUCCAUGUUUAAAUUGCGGGAGAGUCUUCUUGCAGUGAGGAGAAUUUCUGGCACCAUGAACAUCACGUCGGGGAGCCUGGAGGCUUUUGGGGGUGACAUCUCAAGAGGAGACCUGGAGACUUCGGACCUGAUCACGUGCGUGGCUGAUCUGCAGUACAAUAACCAGAAGCUGCAGGAACAGCAUGCCAAGAUGAAGGCCAUUAAUGAAGCCCUGGAGGAGGCCAACCAUCGGCUUCUGGAGGAGAACGAGGAGCUGUAUAAUCAGUGGAAGAGUUCCCAGCAGGCCAUAACCAGAGCCAGGGUCUUAAAGGAGGAGCUGGAGGAGAUGAAGACUAACAUGAAUAGCUCAGAGGAGAGGAAGGCUCAGGUUGUAGCGUUGAACAAACAGCUGGAGAAGGACAAUCUAUCCCUAAUACAUAAGAUCAGCAGCCUACAGGAGGAGAAUAUGAGAGGCACCCUGGAAGCUGAAGGCCUCAGGAAAACUAUAUCUGAGAUCUCUGACAAAGUGACUGUCCUACAGAUGCAGCUGAGUGAGGCGGAGAAUGCACUUCAGAAGCGGGACGCCACCCUACACAUGAAAGAACUCUACAUCGAGGAGUUGAAGUCCACACUGAUGGACUAUGCGUUGGUGAUUGAGAACCUGAGAACAGAGAAAUCAAAGCUGGAGAAUAAUUUGCAGCAAAUGGAGCAGGAGCUUUUGUCGAAUGGCAUCUCCUCCCCAAUUACCCACAAGUUCAGCCGAAUUAUAUCGGGAAGUUUGAAUUCGCUGCAGUCGGAGCUGGAACUUGCCCAGCAGUCUCCUGAGGUCUCGGUGGCCGAAUGGAUGAACCAAUCAGGACAAACGACGUCCCUCGACAUCACUUUAGACCGUGAGGUUCUGCUGCUGCUUCAAGGCCCAGGGCAGGAUCAAGCGGCUGUGGAAUUUAAAACCAUAAUCCAAAGCUUGCAGGAGGACACACGUGGGAUGGCGGAUCUGGUACUGGUGUCUCUGCAGCGUCUGAUCGAGUCGGACACGGAUGCUAAGGAUUUGCCGGGGAAGAUGCUGGAGACCAUAAAGGCCGACCUGAGGGAGAAGCGCAGCAGCUGGAGCCACAAACUGAGGCAACUGGAGAAGCACCGGGAGUCGAUGGAUAAGGAGUUUGUAAAGAUUGCAGGGAGUCUCCGGCGACUGAAAACGGAGCAGGUUCAUAUGAAGAAAGAGCUGUCCAGCAGAUUUAAUGAGCUGGAGAUGGCGAGACAGAGGCAGGAGGAGGCCGAGGGCAGAACAGAGGCCGUGACGAUCCGACUCAGAGAACUCGCCCUCCGGGAAGAAGAUUUCACAGAGAAGGUUGGGGAGUUGCAGGGAAUAAUCAGUGAUGUGCGGGAUCAGAACCAGACUCUGGCCGGCCAAUUGGAGGAGGCGAAUGUACAGAGGAGAGAUCUACUGGCAGCGAGAGACUCACUAACUGCCAACUGUCAGCUCCUCCAGCACAACUGCACCAAACAGCAAACUGUCCUUUGCACGGGGGGAGUGUAUUUUCCUGGUAACUGUCGUGUGACCGUCCUCUACUCUUGUACGGGGGAGGUAUUCCUGGUACUCGUUGUGACAGUCUCUAACUUCCUUUCGGGGGAGUGGUAUUUCCUGGUAACUAUACUGACGUGUGACCUGUCUCUACUUCCUUUGUACGGGGGAGUGUAUUUCGAACUGCUCAGAACAGAACCCAGUGGAAGGGGCCGGCACCCCCAAUCUAACAAUGUGGACGCCCCAAGGGUCAAAGGAGAAAAAGGAAAUGUAUUGGCAAGAGAUUCUGUGUCCAAGAGGCAAAUCGACUGGUGCGAACCCCUAAAAGUAGUCGUGAUAUUACUCACCACAACCUUGGUGGUGUAUACCCCCGCUGCUAAUGCUCUGACAUUAGAGAUAUUACAAUUAUAUCCAAGACUCGGGGUGAGGAAUUUUUCUCGUUUCGGAACCAGAAAUCAGGGGAAACCUGAGAGCGACAAACACCGGGAAGUUGACAAAAGUGCAACGUCGGAGGGGGAUUCAGUGGAUCAAAACAAGGGCAAGUUUGUGUGUCGGGAGGUUCAGACGGAUGUUGGGGUCACUGCUGAUCCUUCCAUGGAUCUUCUUUUGUCUCAGGGGAGCGGAGCUGAGCAUCAGUCGGGGGACCCCGAAAACAGCAGCAUCACCUUGGAUUCCCUGCAUGCCCCCAACGGGACCACCUCUGCUGAGAAAAGCCCCCUCAUUCCAUCAGGACCAGAAAACAAGCAGUUUGUAAAGAAGAUGGAUUUUGUUGGGUCAGAGGAAUCCCCAGUAAAACAUGAAGCCAUGGAAUCUGCAGAGGUCUCUUCUACUGAAGUGCCACAGUGUGAGCCUGGGCAAAGCUCUUUGCAAGAAGAACCUGUGUUGGAGGAGAAUGUAGAAGUGAAAGCUGGAGGGUUCCCACCUGGACCGGCACAUCAGGAAGCAAAUUCUCUCCCUGAGGCUCUUCCAUUAGACUCUCCCACUGACCCACUGGAGGAAAAGACUCCCUGUACCAAUAACCAAAAGCAGAUGGAGACUGAAUUUCUGCGCGUGUCUCUUGGAUUUAAAUGCGACCUGUUUACACUAGACAAGCGGCUGCGGCUGGAGGAAAGGUCUCGGGAUUUAGCGGAGGAGAAUCUGAAAAAGGAGAUUGCAAGUUGCACCAAACUGCUGGAGGUGUUGGUGCCCCUGUGUGAGGAGGACAACGAGUCUCAUGAGAUAGUGAAGAAGUUGGAGAAGACCCUGCAGUUCCUCGGUGUUCACACGGCCAGAGUGGCAAGUCGGUCGGAGAUGCUGGGGGCCAUUCACCAGGAGAGCCGGGUCAGUAAGGCCGUGGAUGUGAUGAUCCAACACGUGGAAAACCUGAAGCGAAUGUAUGCCAAGGAGCACGCCGAGCUGGAGGAUCUCCGAGAACUUCUCCAUCAGAGCGACCGGUCCAGCUUCUCCGCCGAGCGAGAUGAAAAGUUGUCGUCGUCUUUACCCGCAAAGCCGUCGUCUCUCAGGAGAGUCAGUAUGCCGGCUUAUACCCGCAGCAUGGUGAUGGAACCAUUUGGAGGGGAUAAAAUAGAUGGAAAAUUCCACAAAAGAUCGAACAGCUGGAAACUGAUGGGGUUGAAGCCAAACGAGAAUCGGCCGAAUAUGCAGCAUUUUGCCACCGCUUACGUGCGCCCUGAUCUGACUGACGAGGAGUUAAUCCAAGAGGAUGAAGUAAACGCGGAAUUCCCCGAGGAAGUGCAAGACGACAUGACAAGGAAGUUGAGUUUCCUGGAAAUAACGUCCCCCGCGCACACGUGCAGUCUGUACCGCAGGGUUCGUUCCUGGCCGUCUGAUCUGAAGAAUUCCGUUUUAUCCCUAAACAAGACUCUGGUGGUUGUUUUCCUGCUGGCGGCGCUGCUGAGCUUCCUCGUAGGACUUUCCUACCAGAGACCAGCAGAGGGCGCUCCGGAGGGGACGGGAGACUCGUGGACCUCACUCCAGCAGUUUUUGUGGCCUUAUACAGGACUCCACCAUAACGGGCAGCCCCCCGUGUGAUCCAAUUUGCAUCGUCGCAGCUACAGGAAUCUCUUCCGAGCUAAUUUAAUAAUGAUAUAUUUUAUAGAAAGUUUUACAGAAGAUAAAGAGAAUUAUAUUUUGUAUAUUGCCUAAAACGCCACUAUCUGCCCCCCCCCCC